AUGGAUCUUCAGGGAACUCCUCUUCCUCACGGCACCCGAAGCACUAAGGUCACCACCGACCCUCUUGCCUCUCAACAGCCAAUCGAGGAGCCUUCGGGCCCUGUCCCCACUGAUUCCCUCGCUGCUGAGUCCGUUCGCAAGGGUGGUGCUUUCUCCGAGAACCGUGGUGCCGAACCCGCAUCCUAUACCAAGUCCUCUUUGAAGAACACCAACACUUCUGGAGCUACCGAACUUCCCUCUGCCUCUGUUGGCGGUCUUCGUGACGACCGUGAGCGCCAGGAGAAGUACCCUGAAGCUCUUGGCGGCCAGGGUGAUUUCCCCGGUGCCCACCUCUCACAGUCUGGUUACGUUGGUGGCCCGACCGCUGCUAAGCAACAGAUGGGUCUGGCAGAUCAGACUACUGCUAGCGGAAGCAGCCAGUAUAAUGGCGGCCAGGCUCCUUCAUACAUCGCUGAUGUGACGGAUGGUUAUCAGCAUCAGAAGCCUGAUGGCCGAAACAUCCAUGAGGGCGACUUCGACUCCUCUACCGCGAAUAAUGCCAGCUUCAACUCUGAUAUCGGUACCAGUGAUGACCCUGGCCGCGCUGCUAUCAACAAGUUCCAGCAAACUACCGCCACCAGUGCGCUGAGUGCUGGCGUUCCUCGUCAGGAGCACGUUGGUAACCCGACCUCCUUCGAAGCUCUGGAGCGGGACCAGCGCGCUUAG